AUGAAUGGCGGGUACUACAGGAUGUGCUACAGCCCAGAUGGUAGUAUGACGGGCAACGAGUUUCUGAACGCGAUCGUGCCAGUGGAUAUACGUGUGAUUGGAGUUGCAUCGGCCUGUUUGGGCGAUGGCUGUCUUGCAGACGAACGUUGGGAUUGCUACGUUUCUUACUUCGGGGAGGACAUUAGCAACUGCUUGGUGGAUUUCCGUGCGUUCGGCGGUGGCCGUGAGGGCUUUUUUGUGGAGUCUGCUUCGUCCAGCAAAUCAGCUUGGACUGCUGCUUGGGGCCGAGACACUUUUCUGUUUGGGGAGCUCAUCCCAGCUUCUCGAAAGCGAUGUUCAGAUGUGGUGACUGCUGAGUACAUAGCACCAGAAAUGGCAAUCUUCGAUGACUUUGAUUGGGCCCCUCCAACAGGGAUGGGCUUCAUCACAGAUGCUUUCACUGCGAUGGAGAUGCCCCGGCUGCGACGCACUGCUGCCACUGACAGCUUCACUCUGUCAAUGUGCUAUUGUCCCAGCUAUGAUGGUCCGGUGGACCCCACGAACGAUCCCUGUGAUCAUGCCAGCGAGUUCAUCCAGCCCAUCGGCGUGCUGUACUACUGGCUGCUGCGGGUUUGCCACUUGUUUCUUCAGCAGUAG